UCCUUUUGGCAGAGUAAUCAGUGUUAGCUGAGCUCUUUUGCUGAAUGAAUCCCUGUUUGUUGCCUUCUGAAAUGACCAGCGCACAUAAGUGUAUUGAGGCUGUGGUAAUGUAUGAAGUCCAAUUCUGAAACACCAUGUCAAAUGAAGGCAGCUCUGGUGAGCACCUUUCUACAACAACAGUCAGUUCAGUUGCUGUUCAGGCUGGAGAUUCCAGGAUUGUUAUCGCUAUACUUAAGUGUGGGAAAUGGGUGCAGCUUCAGCUGACUGAGUCAAUUCCAAAUGUAUUAGAAAUUGGCAGCAAUCAAGAUGAGACCAAAAAACUACUACAAGAUCAUGAACUCCUCCUGGCUAAACUUAAGUCUUUGGAAGAUCAAGUCUGGGACCUGUUACGUGAAGCAGACAAGACUGCAGAGGAAAACAAAGAGCAAAGCCAAGUGUAUGAUGCCAUGGCCCAGACUCUAGGGGAUGCCUGGGAUGCCCUCAUCAUUAUGCUAGAGAAGCGAAGAGCACUUCUGAAACUUACUGCAGUAUUUUUUGAAAAUGCUCUGGAGUUUGCUAUUAAAAUAGACCAAGUGGAGGAUUUCCUUCGGAAUGCCCAGGAGUUUGAGAACACUGAAUCUUUGAAAAAGCUCCUUCAUCAGCAUGAGCAUCACACAAAAGAGCUCUUGGAAAAGUCACUGGCCCUUUUAAACAAAAGCCAUGAGCUGACUGAAUUCAUAGAAGAAUUCAAAUCUGCUGGGCCUAAUGUAAACCCUGAGUUGAUUCAAGGAGCCCACAGCAGCUGCUUGAAAAUUGGCAGUCUCCUUGAACUGCUGCAAGACAGGAGAAGGCAACUGGACAAAUAUCUGAAACAGCAAUGCCAAGGACUAGAGCAGGUUCUGCAAAUUUGUCAUUGGCAUCACCAAGAAAACCAGGUAACAUCUUGGUACAGGAAAAAUAUGAGUGAUUAUCUACAUAAGCAAAAUCUAGGCUCAUCUUUAACAGAAAAUGAAGAGCUACUUCAUGAGCACAUGGAAAUGGAAUUCAAGGCUAAGGAAUGGAAUUCCACUGUGGAAAAAUUAAAAGCAGAAGCACUCAAGAUUCUGUUUUCAGAGGACUACGCAGAAAAGGAACAUCUGAAGCUUUCAAAUCAGAAAAUAAAUCUGUUGCAAGAAGAGUUGUGCCAUCGUAUGGAGGAAAGGAAAACCUUGUUACAAGAGGCCAAUGACUUCUUUAGUGCUGCUAACAAGGCAUUUGAUGUUCUUGGAGGUAUUGAAGCUUACCUUAAGCUCCUUAACUCAGAGGGUUUAAGUUUGCCUAUCUUGGCAAUGAAGCAUGAGGAAUUACAGGGAGAAAUUAAAGACUGCACAGCUGAUGCUUUGCAGAAGGGAAAAGUCUUAGUUAGCAAAGGAGAUUCCCACAGCUCUUGGAUGACUGGAAUUCAGGAAAUGAUAGAAUAUGUUCAGAAAAGAGUGGAUCAACUAAUCAGACAGUGUCCUGCUUACAAAGAACUUGCUUUAAAGAAACAAGGGCUCACUGCCUCACUAGAAGAUUAUCUAAAGAAGGUAUCAUUGUCAAUUAAAAAAGUCAGUCCGAUACUUGAAAUCAGUAUGGAUCCUGGUUCUUGUUUGACUGAGUCAGAGAAAGUUUUGAACGAAUACCUAGAACUGUCUAAUCAAGCAAAGGAAACAUCACAUGAACUGGAAGCAGCUGUGAGAAUUAUUAAUGAAGUGGAAGAAUUUGAACCUGCAGAGGUGGCAGCUUUCUCUAGCAAAGCUGAUCUUCUAAAUGAAGAACUGACAACACUUAACAAAAAUAUUAGUUCAAAACUAGAUGUUCUAAAAGCUUAUGUGGCAUUUUUAAAGUCAGCGAAGGAGGUAAAUGACCAAGCUCAAAGUCUGAAGGAAUUCUAUAAAUCUGAGCCUGUGCAAACAGAGAGCGAAGCUGAAAACAAGACUGUGAUUGAGUCAGCUGAUACUCAGUGGCCGAUCGUUUUAAAGAAGAUUCUUUCCACUCAAGAUAUGGGGCAAGAUUUUAUUAAUUCAUUAAAUAUGGUGAAUAAGAAUUUUAUAUUAAAGUUGGAAAACGUUGUGCAAGUAACUGAAGAUACUAUCGACAAACUAAAUAAAGAAAAGGAAGAGCUGACAGACCUGUGGACAACAUGGAAGCUCCAUAUCAAUCAAGAAAAGUCCAUCAAACAACAAUGUUGGAAAUUUAAAGAGCAAUUUAAAAAAACUACUCAUAACUUAAUGAUUCUUGAGGAGGCUCUCAGACCUGCAGCAGUUGACCUUGGGAGUAACCUUCAGAUUUUUUUAGAACUACAACAAAAAUUUAAUCAAAUGAAACAACAGUUUCAGCAACUAACUGCUGAGGUUGAAUACACAGUAAAAUUAUCAGAAUUGCUGACCCUAAAAGGAGUUCCUGUUAAAGAAAAUUCUGAGAAAGUAAGUGAGCUUACUGAUCUUCAUCAGAGGAUAAAAGAAAGGAUGACAGAAUAUGAUGAAAUCUUCAACAAGUCAGUCAAAUUCCAUCAUGUCAAAGAACAACUGGAAUGUCUCAAAAAAUCAGGAGAACUGGAGAUUCCUGAAACAAGUGAGAUCCCUGAUGAUGCACACCAAGCUAGAGUCCACCUUGCUAAUACUCAGGAAAAACAUGCGCAUAUUGGACAUCUAUAUAAACUGGCUCUUACCCUAGGAGUGGACAGCCUUUCUGCAGUGCAGCAUCCUAACUGCUUUAAUAUUUCUGUAAAGACUCUACAGCAGGAGCUUGCUACACUGGAGUGUGACAGCAUUAACUGGAGAACCAAAGCAGAUAAGUAUGAGGAGGAACUGUCACACAACUUCCAGUACUGCACAAGUAGAGAAGAGAUAAAUGAGCUCAGAGAGUCAUUUAAAGAUCUGAAAAAGAAAUUCAACAACCUGAAAUUUAACUAUACCAAGAAAACAGAAAAAGCUCGAAAUCUGAAAGUUCUUAAGAUACAAAUUCAGCAGGUUGAAAUGUAUGCUGAAAAAAUGCAGAUUCUGAGAAAGAAGAUGGAUAAUUUAGAGAAGAAAGUUACUGGCUGUGUAAUAAAUCAUCCUGAUGGUAAAGCUGGUGUUCUCUUGGAGUCAGUCAACGAGUUACAGAAACAGCUGAGCGAAUUUGGCAGAGUUGUGGAGGAUUACAAGCAAAAUUUGGAUCGGAUUGAGCAUCUGCAGCAGAUGAUGGAAGAGUGUCAGUUUUGGUAUGAAGAAGCAAGUGCUACAGUCGUUAGAGUUGGGAAGUAUUCUGCAGAGUGUAAAACGAGGGAAGCAGUGGCAAUUCUCUACAAGCAGUUCAAUAAGUUUAUCAAGCCUAUGGUGCCUCAACAAGAGGAAAGAAUUCAGCAGAUUACUGACCUCGCUAAACACUUAUAUGGUUUUGAAGAAGGAAGGAAAUAUAUUGAGAGAACAAUAAAAAGACACAAAGAAGUUCUUGAUUCUAUUGAUGAAUUGUGUAUCUCUUUAAGAGAACUUGAAGAGCAGAUUGUGGAAGAUGUGUUAAAAGAAAAAACAUCUGAUACAGGUGGUUUUGCUGAGGAGUCAGCCACUAUACCAAGAAAACAAGAAAGAAACAGGCAGGAGACAUAUAAGGAAGUUACCAAAGCAAAGCAAGAGGAAGAGACGAGACUGGCUGAUAUUUCAGUUGUCUGCCCAGCUGGUGAGGAUUUCAUUUCACAGGAUAUGGCGCUGGCUCCUUCUGCCAAAGAGGAUAGUUUACAGGCUGAGCUGCUGGCAGAAGAAACGCCCUCCAGCGAGGAAUAUCAAUGUAGAUCACCUGAUGAUAUCUCUUGGCCCUUGCUGUCCGAGAUGCCUGAAUCCGACCUCCUGCAUUCUGAAGCUGAGCUGGAAGAGCAGCCCUGCUGUAGUUCUCCUAGUCUGCAUGUCAGCUCCUGUAGUUUGCAAACGCAGAUAAACUCUGGCAGUAAAAGAAUGACUGAUGAGUCUGAUCUCUUAACACCUGUUGCUUAUGCUGACACUUCAGAUCAUAGAAGGGAAACCACAUCAGAUGAGUUAGAGAGAUUGUUCCCAUCUCCCAUAGAUCACUAUCCAAAAUUUGGAAUGGAAUCUCCUUUGACUUGUAGUUCACCAGCCGUACCUGAAAACAUCACUGCUUCCUGCACAAUACAUGCAAAGCCUGCAUAUAGCAUGAUCAGUGAAGUGCGUGAGACACAUUUACAACACAAUGAAGCUCACCAAAGCAUGACAGAAACACAAGAACAAUUGCAUGACAUUAAUAACUUUACUAAAACCCAGGAUAGGCUGCAUGCUUUGCCUGAUGCAUUCUCAGGUCUCAUGUUUCAAUCAGACACCACCAGAAGCUGUCAGAGGCAGAUGGUCACCCAACAAGAGAUUAAAAGCGCAUCAGAAAAGAACAGCAUGGCCAGCCUAUCUGGACAGGCGCCUAACUUCUCCAAACUGCUGUCCAAUGUAACCGUCAUGGAAGGUUCUCCGGUGACUUUGGAAGUAGAAGUAGCAGGAUUUCCAGAGCCUUCACUGACAUGGUACAAGAAGGGCCAGAAAUUGACCGCAGAUGAGCACUUAAAGCUUUUACAAAAGGAGACAAAGCAUGCUUUGUUCAUUCAGAAGGUGUGUGAUGCAGAUGCUGGCCUCUAUGUUGUUCGGGCUAAAAAUUCUAGUGGCACUAUCUCAUCAAGUGCCAUCCUCCAUGUGAAAGUACAAGGAAAACAACCAAACUUCAUACAGAAAUUUGGACACACAACUCUACAAGAAGGAGAAGAUUUAAUCCUGCAUUGCACUAUACAUGGAAUACCCAGACCAAAUGUUGUUUGGACUAAAGAUGAUAUCAGACUGGUAGCUGGAAACAUCAGUAUUGAGAAAUUAGGUGACUCCUAUUACCUUUUAAAAAGAAAUGUAGUCCUUGCUGAUACUGGGAAAUAUAUUUGUGUUGCAAGCAAUGAAGUUGGGGAAGCAUACUGUUCAGCUUUCAUAAGAGUUACAGAGAAAAAUGAAAAACCAGAAAUUCCCACUGAAACUGAGACAAAAUCAAAACAGGAACAAGGAUAUUUUUCAGAAAAAAUGACUGUCCCUACAACUGAAGUGGGACAAGGUCAGGAUGCAUAUUGUAUGAAAGGUCAAAGGCCAAUGGCUAACCAUCUGUCAGUGAGGUUAAAACAUGAACAGUGGCUGCAGAGUGCCUAUUUUUCACAUGUGGAGUCGCAAGAGGUUAACAUCAGUUUGAAGCAUGAUCCCAUAAUUCUCUUGGCUAGUCCAGAGGAUAUUAUAGGGGAAAUCUAAUUAAGAAGAUUGGUUGAACUUCAGGAUGCCCAAUUUAUGAGUGGACUAAUUGCUUGCUGUGAAUCUUCAUGGAACUUUGACAUUGUGGGGGUGGGGGGGAGAAGGGACUCUCUGAGUACUGCUUAAUUAAUACCUGUUAAGAACAUGCUAGUAAUUAGAAUUUGUAAUU